CAUCAUGCGGCACCGCCAUGCUGUGCCGAUUGUCUGUCCCCCCUGCCACUGCUGUUUUUCAACUCACUAUCUGUGUCCUCUCUGCAAGGCGCGCUCUGUGUGCACACCACGGCCCCCCAGGAGUGGACGCCCUGGCCACCACCCCAGAAGCCUCUGCAGCCCCCAGUCAGGUCGAAGCAGGGCCCAGAGGCUGCCCAGGACCUGUGACCAGCGGACAGAAGAGCUGUGACCACUCAAGGCACCUGCACGGGAGCAGCAUCGCGGGAGGGCUGGUGAAGGGGGCCUUGUCCGUUACCGCCUCUGCAUACAAGGCCCUGUUUUCUGGGCCCCCUGUGACUGCACAGCCCAUAGUUUCUGAACACCAGACCGCAGCCCUGAUGGCUCACCUCUUUGAAAUGGGGUUCUGUGACCAACAGCUGAACCUCAGGCUGCUGAAGAAGCACAACUACAACAUCCUGCAAGUGGUGACCGAGCUGCUUCAGCUCAGCAACAACUGGCCCAGCCAUCGCUACUGAGGUGGCCUUGCUGCCACCUGCCACUCCACGUGGUCUUUAUUCUGUCCCAGGCUUGGGGGGGAGGCCCAUGCUUGCUUUUUAAUCUGAUGAAUCUCUAGAGCCCUUCAUUGAAUUUUCAAGACAGUAUCUGUUACAGUAUUUUUUGAAGCAAAUCAAAGACCAGUACUUCACUUUAGGAACUGGACUAGUGGGAAGUCAGUUUUUCAGUUGAUUUGGAUAAAACACCUCCAUUUUAGUGCAUUGAAGAGUGUACCUUGAACUUCUGUAGAACCAUUUUUCUUUCUGCUUGUACUGAAGUUGAGUAUUUUCCUCUGGUU